AUGGACGAGCUAUCUUUAAUUCUUCAGUCAUUGAUUGAUAGUGAAAUUGACGAUAUGAUACUUGAUUUAGUUUAUGAGAUUCAUUCAUCAAUUAAAGGAAUUCCUCAAGAACAAUUUCAAAUAAAUAAUUAUGCAAAUAAAAAUAUUUCAAUUGAAAAACAAACUUGUAUUUGUCCCAAUUGCGGUCAAUCAAAUUUAAUAGCUACAAAAUUUUCUUAUCAUUUAGCUAAAUGUCUUGGUGCUGGUCGACAAUCAUCACGACGAGCAAAACGUCGAAUUGUCGAUCAAAUUAUGAUAAUAGCAGCUUCAGAUAAAAAUGGAUCAGAUAGAAAUCACUUUGAUAAAGAUAUAGAGAACAAUUCUAUAUCAGAAGAUGGAAGUUCUUGUACAGAUUCAACGUCAAGUUCUAUGACACUGAUUAGUUCAAAUCAAAUUCAUAAUUCUCUAGCAAACGAAACUGAAAAAUAUUUUGACGAAUUCGAUGAUGAUGAUGAAGAUGAUUGGAAACCAAAAAUGAAAAAACAACGAGUAACAAAAUCAAAUCAUAAAAAGAAAAUGAAGAAAAAUAAAGAUGUUCUUGUUGUUGUAUCUUCAUCAACUUCUAAACUUAACUUUGGUAAAUCUAUCAUUCCAUUAAGUAAACUCUGUCCAGUCACAAAUCACGUUGUGAUGCCUUUAGUUUCUCGACCAAUUGGUUCUGUGACACCAUCCGAUAGUGAUAAAAUUAUCUUUAAAACACAACAAGUAUCAUCGUCGUCAUUUUCAUGUGAAUCUUCAAAUUAUUUUAUCCAAUCACCAUUGAAUCUAGUCGAAGAUGAACAAUCAUCAAUUAUUGUAUUCAAAGAGGAUAUUAAAUAA